AUGGUUAACAAGGAGAAAUCCGCCAUAAUGUUUAGCAAGGGUACCUCCUCUUCGGCCAAGAGAAAGUUCAAGGGUUUGUUGCACAUUGCCGAUGAGGCUUUCUCAGAUAGAUAUCUCAGCCUGCCUGUCCAUCUUGGCAGAUCUAUUACAUCUGCUUUUGGCUAUCUCAAGGAGAAAAUUUGGAAGAAAAUCCAGGGUUGGAAAGAGAAGUUUCUUUCUCGGGCUGGGAAGGAAAUCCUUGUGAAAGCUGUCGCCCAGGCCAUUCCAAUGUAUGCGAUGUCCUGUUUUGACAUUACUAAAACCUUCUGUGAUGAUAUCAGCUCCAUGGUUUGCCGCUAUUGGUGGAACAAUCAAGAUGAUGAGCGACACCACUGGCUCAGUUGGCAGUGCUUAUCCAAUGCAAAGAGUAAGGGCAGUCUCGGUUUCCGGGACUUGCAUAUUUUCAACUUGGCAAUGCUGGCCAAGCAGGGCUGGCGCUUCCUCCAAGACCCUGAAUCUCUUUGUGGCAGGGUGCUCCGGGCUAAGUAUUUCCCCAACGGCAAUAUCGUGGACGCAGUGGCGGCCCCGGGCAUCUCUUACACAUGGCGCAGUAUUCUAAAAGGGGUGGGGCUGUUGAAGGAGGGGCUGAUCUGGCGUGUGGGGGACGGAACUAAAAUCAAGAUAUGGCAUGAUCCUUGGAUCCCUUUCGGCGAUACUAGAAGACCGAGGUCCCUCCGGGGCCGCUCGCCGAUCUCCCUAGUGGCUGAUCUUCUGGAUCCUACUACCGGCGAUUGGGACGCUGAUAUCGUUGCUAGCCUCUUUCAGCCUGAAGAUGUUCACAGCAUUUUGUCCAUAAACAUUUGUGAUGGUAUGGAGGACAACCUCGCUUGGCAUUUUGAUCCAAGGGGCCAGUUCGGUGAACUUAAUGUUCCAACCAAGAUCAAGAUGUUUGUGUGGCGCCUUGCUCAUAACAUUCUUGCAAACAGAAUGAAGAUCUCAAGGCUUGGGGUUGAUCUGGAUACCAAGCGGCCAAGACCUGCUAGAUUUUCCUGGGGUUGGGUGAACUCCGGGAAUCUUUCCUGCUCUGCACCUCCCGCGCGAGCUCCUUUCGAACUCUGGAAGAAGGAUGAGGACAUCCAGCUCCGGGUGGUCACCUUCCUAUGCGAAUGGUGGAAUGUCUGCAAUAAGGUCAAUGCGGGGGAAAGCAUCGCGGAUCCUAAGGUGGUUUGUUCCAAAGUUGAGAAGUCGCUGGUCGAAUUCCUCUCUCUCAAGAGGAAGGAGAAGCCGCCAAAACCUCCUGACGUCCACAAGUGGGAAAAAACUCCAGAUAAUCAUGUGAAGAUCAACUUCGACGGCUCAUGCCAAUGUCGGAGCUGGUGGUCCGAGGCUGUAGCGUGCAUUGCUGCAAUCAGCGGUGCGAACAAGAUUGGCGCCAACCGAAUCAUCUUUGAGUCGGAAGCCUCCAACCUGGUGCAAGCCCUCAAGAGCAAGACUUAUGACAUGUCAAGCGUCGGAGUGGUGAUCAAGGAGGCUAGAAGCCUGUGCAACCUGAACUUUGAGUCUUUUGAUUUCUCUUUCUGCCAUCGUGCUUGUAACAAUGCUGCCCAUGAGCUUGCAAAGCUGGGAGUAAUUUCUGAGUCCAUGGACUCUUACUGGGAUGAUCAUGCACCCAGUUGUAUCGCUACUGUUCUGGCCAGAGAUUUAGCUGGACCAUUUUAA